ACGACCGCAUUCUUUCCUUUUCAACGUCAAAUAACGGCCCAAUCUAUGGUUACGGGUUACGGAGUUUUUUUUUUUAUAGUGCAUGCUGCCAAGUGCUGUAAGGAAUAUGUAUUUGCUAAGGUCUUGAUAAACUGUGAACGUUUUGUGCGUAUAACUACUGGUCGACGACGGUGUACUCCAGGGUGUCUGUGUAUGUUUUCAGUCACGGCGGAAAAUGUCAGCGUUGUUGUUGCUGCUGAGUGCCUGUGUGUCAUUGGGUCUGUCAUACGAGUAUGGCGACCGGUACAGGAUAAAGAUAUCCAGAAAUACUCAUGUCAUUGGGUUCACCCCAGAGGACAGCUCAAAUGAGAUGGUUUUGUGGAGUCAGGAGGCCCCUUCAGCCAGUGAGGAUGGUAGACAUAGGAUGUUGGGUUCUUACCUUGUGAUAGAAAAAUUAACCCAGAGAGACAGUGGUUCGUACAGAUUGAAAGAUGUAGACGGGAAAAUACUGAGUACCAAGAACCUACAGGUCAUGGCACUCGAAAGAUACAGCACACGGACUGUUGGUGAAUUCUUCAGCAUGAAUUUUGAUCUGGAAUCACAAUCCUGCAACAUUUACUUCAUCCCAUCUGACAACAUGUACACUAAGAUAAGCCUAGUUAAAAGAGGCAGGCUGCAGGAUGCUUUUUACGACCAUGAUUGUACUGGGUUUGAGCUGUUGUAUCCAUGUGGGAUUACAAAUGAUUAUCUUCACAUGUCAUGCAAGGGGCGCUAUGAGAUCAGAGAUGAAAACAAUGACCUGGCCGUAGAGGAAGUUCUUGACAUGGAAUCACCACCAUCUGAGUUUGACACAUCCUACAUUGGUAUUGCCGUUGGUGUUGUCUUCGGUGUACUCUCCUGCUGUUGCUGCAUGAGGCGCUGCUGCUGCAAGAAAAGUUCCUCCAAGAAGGACAUAACCGAUAGUCCUGAUGCUGAACCGGCUACUUAUCACCACGAGUAUGACCACGAGCCCGUAAGACUGAGAACAGACCAGAUUAAUCAGCCCUCUGAGACACUCUACCCUACUCUGCCUUCAUAUAACCUGACUACACUGAUACACAAUCCUCCCUAUGUGAGUGUGCCCCCAGCUUAUUCUGAGGUUUCAGCUCCAGCAGAGCAGGCAGACCCUCCAACUUCCCCUGUCCCUUCAGAAGACCCUGAGCCACGAUUUGAACUGUCCUUCCCCUUGGCUCCCCCGCUCAGUUCAAACUCAGAUUUCCCUGAUGUUUAUACUUCAGACAAACUCAACUUCAACUAAAAGCCUACACUUUAGGAAGUACACAUAAAUGUUGAAGGUCAUUUUUGAGACAUGAAAUUUCAAAGGAAACUGGCAUAUUAAGAUAGGUCAGCUUUGUUUGAUUAAUAUUAGUGCCUUUAUAUAUAUGUACACUAUAUCAUGCGAAGAAAUGCACUCGAAUUUUACAUUUUGAGAAAAAUGAAGAAAUAUGUGGCCUGCUGUUGUUACGCAGUAAAUUCUAGGUCGUGAUGUCAAAUGAUUGGAUGGUUCUUCCUAUCGUCCUUAAAGCUUUUUAAUCUUAAGAUGAGUAAAGUUUAUGUAGAGGACAAUUAGGAAGAAGUUACUGUAUGUUGAUCAAUGUAAGUAGAAUCACAAAGAUGUGAGAAGAAGACUUUAUGCAACCAUUUGACAUAAUUACUCAGAGUGCAUUACACAACAAUGGUAGCUUAUAUGUGAAUCCAUUUUUGUGCUGCCUGGUGCAACAAAUAUAUAAAAGUCACUUUUGUUAAUCCAAUGAAGUCAAUAAUAACAUAAAACAGGGUUUCCUUUAUGAAUUAGCUCCUUGUCAUUUUGAGUACUACAUAUUUUAAUGAUUAAAGUGAAGUGUUACUUAACACUUUUUAAAUGUCUCUAGCAAGCAAGAUAGAAAUAUUGAUUAGCGAUCCUGAGAGGGGCUGAUAAGCGAUUAUAUUACUUGUGUAGAGGCUAAAGCUGUUUUCUCAGUUUGUAGUGUUUAUUGUAAAGUGAUAGCUGACCUCCAUAUUUAUCAUACAGGAAUGACAGUGAUUUUAAACUUGUUAAUUUACUGCAUUACUGCUCUUGUUAACAAUCUGGCACUAUUCUGCUGACAAUGUCAUAGUUUUAGGGAACUUACACAAAAUGAAAGUGCAACAUAUUAUGAUUAUGUUUAAUUCAGAGUCUGUAGUUUUAAAGAUUUCUUCCACCUGUGUCACAAGCAGAACAUGAGACUCUACAGAAGGAUCACAGGUCAGAGCCUUAGGUGAAAAGACAAAGUUUAGUUAAAAAUACUGCACUCUAAAUUUAGAGGCUCUUUGAUGAUAACUUUCUACCUCAUAAAACUCCAAGCCUACAGGUUUGAAUAAUCCCAUUCAUUUCUCAUAGCACCGAUUGUGCUGCUUUUUUCACACAGUUCUGCUGAGCUUUGUGCCACUUCUGCAAACUGUGAACACAUUCAGGGAUGAGGUGCUUUAACUUGGCCAAACUGUUUUCUAAGUAGAAAAUACCAUUUUGAAAAGAAGUUUUUUCAGUUUCUCAGGAACAUCACCUGUGUAAAAACUACAUUAUAGUGACUGUAUGUCAGCUGUUAAGUGUCAACAACAAUUGCUGCACAGAAACAGGCUGCCUUAAGUGAAAUAUUUCACAUAAAUGUAUCACAGAAAGCCCAAAUGAAAGCCAUACAGUAAAGUACAGCUACACAUUACUUAUUUUUGCAUGUUUCUCUUUUACUGUUCACCUGUGUACCAAACAAAGUUGCAUUUGGGCGUUUGAUAUGUGUUUAUAUAUCGUUUUUUUAUUGUUGGUCUUGCUUUUGAAUGUUUUGAACUGCAUGUCAUGAAAUAUGCUGAGUUUUUCCCUCACCAUUAACUUCAAACAUGUAAGAACACUAUAUUCUUUAAAAGAAUCAAAAGUGAACUAUUUGUAUGCAUCUUUGUGUAUUUAGACUGUUACAGUUGCAUUAAAGUUAAUAACACCCUUCUA